AUGACGUAUGUUUGUGUGCCUCCUUCCCAGAAGGUGGCGGUCCACAGAGAUGCCCUUUCGUUGGUGCAAGCAUCGACUCCCGACGCCUGUGGUGAUGCAUGUAUGGGGGAGACAACUGCAGUCACUGGUGAUCCUGCUGAUAUGCUAGGCACGGUUGCUGAUGCUGGCGCCCCAAAUGACAUACGUGAAAUCGCUUGUGUGGAAGCAAAUGAUCCUGUGACGAAUAUGAGACUUGAGGUACCUACCAGUUGA